UGGAAGAAGUCUUCAGGCAACAUGACGCAUCAGCUCAGCGGCUCUCCGUUCCUCAGGCCCUUUUUUCUCAAGGCACCGGUCAGAGGGGUCAGUCCUCUGAGGCAGAGGCGACACACACUCCCGGCCAGCGAGUUCCGGAACCUCACGCCACAGGACGCCAUCAGCGUGUUCGAAAUCGAGAGGGAAGCGUUCGUCUCUGUGUCAGGAGAGUGUCCCCUCACCCUGGACGAGGUCCUGACCUUCCUGGGCCAGUGUCCUGAGCUGUCCCUGGGCUGGUUUGAGGAGGGCCAGCUUGUCGCGUUCAUCAUCGGCUCUGGCUGGGACAAAGAGCGUCUUUCACAGGAGGCCAUGACUCAACACAUCCCAGGCAGCUCCACCGUACACAUCCACGUGCUGUCCGUGCACCGCCACUGUCGCCAGCAGGGCAAAGGCUCCAUCCUGUUGUGGCGCUACCUGCAGUAUCUGCGCUGCAUGCCGGGCCUCCGAAGAGCCGUCUUGAUCUGUGAGGACUUUUUGGUACCUUUCUACCGCAAGGCCGGUUUCAAGGAGAGAGGCCCAUCAGCCAUCACUGUCUCCAACAUGCACUUCCAAGAGAUGGAGUACCUUCUCCGUGGACAGGCGUACACGCGAAGAAACAGCGGCUGCUAGUCUCACAGUCUGGACUGAGAACACCACACUCAAUCCUACUCAAAAAGGUCUUUUUCUGAUGUAAAUACUGAUUCUUUUUGUUACCAACAUGAGACUCUUUUCAUAAAUAACGUCAGUGGAAUGCAGAAUUAAAAGCCCAUUGGCGAGAUGAAAAGUCGACAGCAUUUUGUCUACAUUUUUUACUGUUGUUCUCAGUUACAUGUGAAUAGACAGGUAGUUAAAACACUACCAGGUUCAAAAACAAUCUUCACUUCUUGAGAAGCC